GAACGAUGUAAGCUGCCUUGAGCCCUUUGCACGAAAAAGGCACGAUAUAAACAAACAAACAAACAGACAGACAUGCUCAGAAUGGCUUGCAAUUGCAGUGGGGAGCGGGACAAGCCAGUGCCUGCUGCCUCGAAGGACUGCUUGGGUUCGCUGCAGUGGCUGGUACUAGUGCUUGUCUGGGAGCUGCCUGGCAAGAACAGAAAGGGGGUUUUGCCACACUUGCCAAGGGGUCCCUAGUGAAUUCCCCAUGGACACAAUAGGGAUGGUCAGCCAACAGUGGGUACAACAAUGCCUACAUGUGUUCUUCGGGUGGCUUGUUGCCUGUGAAAGAGUCGGCCUGGGGAAAUAGGAACCCACGGUGGGUAGCAACCCCUGAAGGGUUCUUCUGCCAGACAGUUCCAGUUAUUGUCUUUCAUUUGUAACCUUCCCAUAUUUCCUUGUCACUUCUUCUGUCUUUUCUUUCCCCACAACAAGAUGUGAUCAGGAGGGAAGAGACAAGGCCUUUCAGUUACUAGUGCUAGGAAUCCUCCACCUGGAACAUCCUGAGUGGCCAAUUUGUGCAAAGGAAAGGAAGCUCUUGUGUCUUAAAACAGUUGUGUAGCCCAAGGAAUUUUGGAAGGUUUGGCUUGCCAGGGAGUGGGAAAAAGAGCUACUCCUCCAGAAAUGCCCUCUGAGAUCUCCAUUGAGCAUGAUCACCUUAAAUUCAAGCACCUACAUGUGAAUGUCAUUUGAUCAGCUGAAUUACAUUUUAAUGCAUUUCAAACAUAUCUUUGUGUAUGCAGUCUGUGUGGACAGAGUAGGGAAAGGGAUGUGCUGGAAGUGGUGUUGAAGCAUAUAGCCUAGAGUUGAUUAGAAAUUUAACAGGAUUAUUCUCUCUUGUUCCCAAUACAACAAAAUGCCAGCCACAGAUGCCAGUUCAGAUGACCAACAUAGGCUAAACAUGCCAUGGUGCUUUGCUUAAACCUUAGUGUAUGCAGGUGUGAUUUGAGUAAUCACCCACCCUGCCAUGGCUUAUUAUAUUUGCAUCCAAGAAGCAUGGAAAUAUGGGAAACUAGCCCAUGAGUUGCUGUUGGGUUGAGGAUUAUUUCUCCCUCAAAUAUAGCAUGCCACCAGUGUUCAGGUGACAUGCAGCCAGCUGAAUGAUUAUGUAGAUCAUGCUCAGCACAUAGAAACAUAGAAAACAUAGAAACAGUGAGUCAGAAGGGUCCUCCUGGGCCAUCUAGUCUGACCUCCGGCACUAGCUGGCUCCGCUCACGACAUGCUGGGGCUUAGGCAACUAGGGCUUGUUUAGCCUAUGAUGAUCAUCUGAACUGGGUCCUAGUCUUUUAAGAAUUGAGCCUUCACCAAAUGCAAGCAAAAGCCAGUCAGCAGUAGCACAAAGGACACUUGCAGGCACAAUUAUGACUGAGGUAGGUUAGGCUAGAACAGCUUUCCCCUGUGUGUGCUUUCCAGAUGUUUUAGACUACAACUCCCAGCAUUUCACACUGUUGCAGCUGGUGGGAGUUACAAUCCGAACCAUCUGGAGGACACCAGGUAGAGAAGGCUGGCCUAAAAUGUCAGGGUAGGGAUAGUAACAAGGAAAAGGGCAGAACUCUAGUAUGGACGGAAUUUAUAUUAGAAAUACUUUGUGGGAGGAACAGAGAGUAGUGCCAAUCUGAUUAAAUGGCAAUACUGGCCUAGAUGUGCCAAUGCACAGAUUCAUACAUAUGGAAUUAGAAAAGCUGAAUUCAUACUUUGACUGUGUAAGAGGAUGCUAAAUAUAUAUGUGUGGUCAAAUAAGCCAGCGUCAGGAUCUAGCCAAGGUAGUUAUUUGGGUCCCCAGGGAAACUAACUAUUCUUAAGACAAGCUGAUGCAGUUUUAUAUUCUUACAAGGACUUAGGAUGAAUUUCUUCUGCUUGCACCCUGCAACAGUGAAUUCUUCUCGCAAACGGCAGUAUAGAACUAAUGUAAUACUUAGGCUGCUGCUUGCUUGGACGAUCAAUAAUUGCUCAAUAAAUCAUUCUUUUAGGUAGGGAGAAUAUCCAUGCAUAUGAUGCAAAGGACAGUUCCAACAGAGCUAGGCGGAAAAAAGUCAAGGAAUGGUUAACAUUUACAUUAGACAGAAGAAUACAUUUUCCAUUGCUUAAUAGUGGCAUUAGAGGAAACUUGCUUAAUCAACCAGCAGAACAGACUUAACUCUAAAUGGAGGGGAAAUGGCUGUAAUUUCCUUUAGGCACAUCUAAAGGACACAGAGAAAUGGCUCCCAAGCUGUACUGGAGCCUGGCUAAUUUCUACAGAGAGGGUGUUUAUAUGACAGAAAGUAAGAGCGAAAGAGAGAGCUGGUUCAGAUGUAUGAUGAGCCAUGGUUAAUUACAGUUUGUUUGAAGCAAGCUAAAUUCAAAUGAUGGGUUUUGAUACUGUCUUGUUUCAACAAACUAUAGUUCUGAGUUUGGAUGUAAUACUAAACUGCAAUUAAUAAGAAAUGGAAGUAAAAGUGUCUGAUCUCCUCUUAGCUAUGCCAGAGGAAAAGGGGUGAAUGUCCUUGAGGCUUGUUCCCGUUGUGAUAAACCAUGAUUUUCUGUGACAUCUAAACUGGUCUGGACUGUGACUACUCUGCAGGGAGGAAAAGAGUCACUCCCACUCUGUAGGGAGUGACUUCAGGCACUCUGUUGGUACUCCUUUUUUGGAGGACCUGAGACGCGAGUUCCAAGGAUGGGCUCUACAAACACAGGAUCGAAUAAAGCCCAAGAAUACAGUCUUCUUAGAGACAUUCCAACAUAUCCUGUGUCCCACUGGGGCAUGAAAAAGGGGAGAGGAUGUCUUGUCCAGUUAUGGGUCUUUUAAAUAGUUCAAGCUGGAGAAUAUGUUUCCACUUCCACUUUUGCUGCUUUGCAUAAGUAUGCAGUCUUGUGCAUAUUUUCAGAAUAACCAGCUGGACUUCCUGCCAACUUCCAUAGUUAUUUGUAAGCAGUAAAGCAGUAAAGAAAUGUAGUCUGGUGGAAGAUGGAAAAGAAGUGCCCCCCUCCUGUUAACUUCUUUCUUUGCCAGGCUCCAUUUCCGUUUGCUUUAUUUCCCCGCCAUCCAGGAAUGUGCCUAUGCCGAGGCUGCAUCUGUAUCAACCUUUUCCAAUGUAGUAACAUCCAGCUAAAACUUCUAUCAGUUAAUAGUCGGAGAUUAUGGGAACUGCACCCUGAAACAUCUGAAGGGCAUUGUUCUGGGCUUUUUCAAAAUGAGCUGGUCUGGAUGAGACACCUGAGGCUGUACUGAACAGUGUGUGACAUGCAUCCAUUUGUACAGGGAUAAAUUGUACAAACAACACCUUCUGGUCAGGCCUUAUUAUCAUAGCUAUUGGCUGUGGAGCAAGCCAACCACACAUGCAGUUUGUGGGGAGCUACAUGAGCUGAACGGGCAUGUCUGAGUGCUUUCAAAUGCAGACACACUGCUUUCAGUUCUGCCCAUGGUCAGUGCCAUCUUCCUCAGCCUAGUCCUCCAGAUGGCUAGACUAAAACUUGCAAGUUCCCUGACCACAGAUGGGAAUUGAGGGCCAAAACAUCUGAAGACACAGGGUUAGGGAAGGUCAAUGUCCAGUGAUGUUAGGAAGAGAGGUCAGUACCUUGUUCAAUAGGGACAUCUAGGGCUGGACACUGGGGCCACAGACCGGUGCCCAAUGAAAGCAGCAGGUCUCAGGGCAGCAGAAGCAAGCUCUUAUUUCAUUCCUGUAGUAACCAUGGCUUAAAUAAUUUGAGUUUAAAAUGCAAACGUGCACAUGCUUGGAAUACUUUUUAAAAAUCAAAAUCAGUGAACUGUGUUGUCUUAACAUAUCAGGAAUGUAGAAGCAGUUGCAAAGCAUGAAAUGGCUGGGUGGAGGGAGAAGAGAAAUGUUCACCAUAUGAUACAUAUGGCUGUCUAAAUAGCCCCAAAAGGACCAUAAAGUCUGAGGUCUAAAAUUACCUAGCAGCAUCACUGAUCAUGUCCAACUGUCUUUGACAUCCACAAUCCAAUUAAUCAAUUUGCAGGAGCAGAGUUGAAACAGAGAUGGCUAUGCACAGCAUAUAAAACAAGCACGAGUCCAACCCCCACCUUAGAAGGGCUGAAACCUUUGUGAGCUGAAAACAUGAAUCUGAGCAUUCCAGUAAUUUAAUCUGAGAACUGGUAAUUUGGCCCCAGACUUGCUACUGCAGACUAAUCGAAUGACUGAAAUACAGCCUGAUAAAACAACCACCAGAACAAAGCUGAUUUUUAAUGUGCCUCCUUUUGCGCUGAAAGCUCCCCCCUCCCCCUGGUGAUGAAUGGGAGCAUGCAAAGGGAAUUUGUAGAAAAACUACAGCUAUCCAAUUUGAACAGAAAGACUCUGCAGAAUACAGCCACUGCAAGAAUAGCAUCUUCCUACUUGCUAAGAAAAAAAAAGGGGGGGUGGGGUUAGGAUGCAGCAGCAUUUCAGAAACGUAGCACACUAUUAUGGGAUCCAACACGUACAAGCCAUGAUUGCAGCAAUCAGCAUCUGCCUACAGUGUCUCACACUGCAAAAAGCAAUCAGGAAAUACUUCAUCUCUGAAAGGCCUUGUAUAGACCAAGUCAUGGAAGAAAAUGGAGAGAAAGAGAAGGAAUCACAGAUGUUAUAAUCAGAUAGUAGGUUUUAUAUUUUAAUGUAAGAAACAACCUAGAACAUAAAAUAAACUAACCAGAAUGUUUACGGUCUAAAGAAAAGCUUAAACUAUGGGGAAAAUGAGAAAAUGGUGGGGACAACAGUCACAGCCUCCAUGGCAUUCUGACCCUGCUUUCUCCUUUACCUGAUCUAUGGAGUUUGCAAGUAGAAUAGGAACGUGCCCUUUAAAGAACAUCAUGGGUGGGUGGCUUGGGAGGGAGAACUCCUGCAGCCCGGUUCAGAAAUCAUGGCUUCUUUAUAUAUCUCUCACAUUUUCUCUACUUACAAGGAGCUCGAGGUGGAGUACCUGCUCCCCCUCUGGUCUGCUUUACCCUCACAAACUCAGGUGGAUUGGGUCAGGUUGAGAGUCAGCGACUGACCCCAAAGCACCCAGCAAGUUUCAUGGCUAAGUGGAGACUAGAACUUAGUCUUGGACCUCCGGAAUCAUAGGUCGACACGCUAACGGUUACGCACUAGCCAUUAUACCACAUUGACUUUCUGCUAGGGAAUAGGUCAUCAUCAGUGCCCUUCCUCUCCUCUUUUGCAUGCCAAGGAAAUAGUAACGAUAUAGAAAGGAGGGUAGGGGCAGAUCUGAAAUAAAAGCUCAAUCCUAGUUUGUUCUCUUGCUUAAAUUAAUCUAUCAUUUAACUACAUCCUACAGAUUAAGUACACUGUAGUUCAGAUGUCAUCUAGUUCACAGGGAACCACCAUUAGCUUAAAAGCAAAAGUAGAUGCUUUCAUUGUCUGCCUCUGAUCUGCAAAAGACUGGAGGGGAAACAUGUGAGCCUGAAAGCUUCUGCAGGCUUUUUCACAUAGCACAAAAUUGUUUCCCAUUAUAUCAUAUCUGAGUCUACCUAGCACUAUUUCAAACAGGUUACUUAACUCAGGAAAUGUCUCCAAAUGAUUCUUCCCUUCCUAUUAUCUCAAUUCAGCAUUUUACCACUAAUAUGGAAACCAUCAAGAAAAGGACCUAUAAUGUGCAUAAGGAAAUUCAGCAUUGUGAAUCAUACUUCUGCUUGCACAGCAUACAUUUCCCUACCUCAAAAUCUGUUCAAGAGAGUCUCCCAACUACCAGGGCAGAUUUGGAAGCCAGAGGUGGAACUGAGAAUCACCCCCUUCUCAUUCUGCUGAUGGUAGUUGCUCCAUCAGAAGAACAUUUAAUACUUUGUCACCAGAAUGUGGCAAGUCAAACUCUUACACUUAUUUUUAUUCUAGAAAAAGCUUAAAUUUCCUACAAUUCAGAUUCUUUUGAGAACAGGACCUUUCAAAAAAUAACUGGCAAACCUAAAUCUGUUUUUCUUGCUUUCCCCAGUCACAAUUUUCAAAAUGCCUCUAAAUUCUGGGCAAACAAUUCUUUAUUCUGGCAGGCCUUGGAAACUUUCACACUCAGUUUUUUCAGUUGAUGUUGGUCAGGGUCAAAAGCACAGAAGUCAUUCCAUCUGAAUGCUUGACCUAUCCAGUUUUCCAUAUGUAAGUUGCCCCAGGACAUAACCCUUUUGAUUCUUUAAAAAAUGGUGAUGUACAUGUCAGAAGAUGUAGCACAUUAUUUAUUACAUUUAUUUACCACCCCAUAGCCCAGAGGGCCAUUCUAAUGAAUGAAGCAAAGAGGAUGGAAAACAAAUGUGAAUGAAAAGGAAGACCCCUAAAAGAAAGAUCUUGCAUACUACAUGCAGCUACAAAGAAGCCUGAGAAAUGUUCAAAUGUUCAUGAUGUGCAACAGCAGCUUACAUUCCAUCCUUCCGUAUUUUCAUGCAGCAUGUUUAGUGGAUGGUCCUUAAUGAUGUGCUGGCCCCUCAGAUGUUCCUGCCACACUUCAUGGCAAGCAGGCGCAGUGUGACAAGCACCAGCACAGGAUGUGCCAUCACACAUGAAGUGGGCCUGCAUCUUCAGGAAAUCUCCCAGCUAGUGUCAUUACUUACACUUCUGAGAUAUAUCAGCUGAAUCCAAAGUAAACUGGAUCCUGCUUUCUCCAGCUGUCUGUCUUCUGGUUUUUCUUUAAUACACUCCAUUGAAAAUGCAAGGAGCUGGUCACAUAGGUCCUAUAAUAUUGUCCCAACACACACUUUUUUUGUACAAGCCAGUACUAUCCACACUUACUCAGUAGUCCCAUUUAUUGUUAUGAGCAUUACAUUACAUGCAAACCCUGCCUUUCUUCCUCUUGCUAAUAACCCAGGAGAACCCUCCAUUGAUGUGUUUUACCAUCACAACGGCCCUAUGUGGUAGAUUAGGCUAAGUCUGUGAUUGGUCCAAAGGCAUUCCUGACUGAGUGGGGACAAGAACGCACAUGUUCCAAGUCCCAGUCCAAUACUCUGACAACUAUGUGACACUGGCUUUCUUUGUCCAGAUUCAGGAGCUGCAGGCCAAACCCUUGCAUAUUUAUUCAGAAGCUCAACAAGGUUAACCCCAAGAAAAUGUGUUCACAUACCUAUUUUUCUUGACUUUGAACCAUAAUCCAGUCCAGAACAAGGAAUUCAGCAAUAUUAUUAUUGUUAUUAUGCUGGCACUAUGAGCAGAAAUAGCAGACCAAUCACAAGCUCAUCAUCCUGCUGUAGUGGUACCUGACAACUGCACAGAAAAAUGGCUGCUAGCAAAGCGAAAAACCAGAGUUCUCUGGCCCUCCACAAAGUAAUCAUGGUUGGUAGUGGAGGUGUGGGCAAAUCAGCACUUACACUUCAAUUUAUGUAUGAUGAGUUCGUGGAAGAUUAUGAACCUACCAAGGCUGACAGUUACAGAAAGAAAGUAGUUCUAGACGGAGAGGAAGUCCAGAUAGAUAUUCUGGAUACAGCAGGACAAGAAGAUUAUGCAGCUAUUCGAGACAACUACUUCCGUAGUGGAGAGGGUUUUCUCCUGGUCUUUUCCAUAACUGAGCACGAAUCAUUUACAGCAACAGCAGAGUUUAGGGAGCAGAUCCUGCGUGUAAAAGCAGAAGAGGACAAAAUACCCUUGCUUGUUGUGGGCAAUAAAUCUGAUCUGGAAGAUCGCCGGCAAGUGCCUGUGGAAGCCGCUAGAAGUAAAGCAGAGGAAUGGGGUGUACAGUAUGUAGAGACAUCAGCCAAAACCAGAGCAAAUGUAGACAAGGUAUUCUUUGAUCUAAUGAGAGAGAUUAGAGCCAAGAAAAUGUCAGAAAACAAAGACAAGAAUGGCAAGAAAAGCAGCAAGAACAAGAAGAGUCUUAAAGAAAGAUGUUGCCUAUUGUGAUAUUUAGGAACUUCUACAUGUAGGCUGCAGAAUUAACAAGACAUUUACUACUAAGGGUAAAGAACUGGAUUAAUGUGAAGUGAUCUGGAUCCAGUAGGUUUUUCUACUCACAUAAUAGCCUUUUUGAAAGGUCAAACUUGUUUUGAGAAUUGAAGCCCAGCAAAUUGAUGAAUACUGAAAUGAAUGGUUCUUAGAAGCAAUGCUAAAAAAAUUGCCAGCACAUUUUUUCAUUGGUCAUGAGUUAUUUGCCCGACAGGAUGGUCACUCUGAAGUUACCUCCUGAUGCUGCUCCCUGUGUUGGUAUUCCUUCUGCAGAUUAUUCUUCUCCUUCAAUUUUUUAAAGUGGCUUGUUCUCACUGAAGUUCAACCAAAGUUACCUGCCUUUCCUACUUGGCUUCUGUUUUGUUGCUUCUAAUGAAGGCAAAUGCCAUUCUUAAAAAGGGGAAAUUAAAUACACACAGAGAUCAUCUUUAUCUCUGAAAUUUUCACAAACUGUUAUGUAGGUUUUGAUGCUGUCAACUCUACUAUUUUGCCAACACUUUUGAUGGAUGCUAGAAGGACAAAUUCAAAAGCAAAGGCUCAGCACGAAGUUGGAGUCUGAAUCAUUGCUACAGUAUUCCUAAAUUGAGCCUUUAAUCUUUGAACAUUAGAGGCUAUAUCCUGACAAGUUAUUUUUCCAACAUUUCUCUCUUAAUUUCAGCAUUUAUCAGGGGUAAAUUUAUAAGCUGUCUUAAUGUGAAAAAUUUCCUAAGUUUACCCCACUGAAUAAUUCUAAAUCCUCUCUGCCAAAUACUAGACUUGUUUUUAUUCCCAAAUGUGGAAAUUCUGUCAUGUUGCAGUGGUUUUGCACCUGCUAAAGCUAUAGAAAUUGCUGCAUUUUUGCUCUUUCAGUGUUUAACAGGAAAGCUUCCUUUCUUAAAUGUGAUGGGCCACACUGUGAAAUUUUGUGAGUUUGAUUCAAUCUCCUUUGAAAAUAGAAGAUUGGUAUUGUGGACAAUCCAGUAGUAACUUUUUCUGCACACCUGCUAUUGAAAUUAAGUCUAAAUCUGAACAUUUAAAAGGUUUGUGCAGAAAACAUUCCUGGUGGAGUGUGCCAUAAAGCAGUAAUUUUCUCUUGAAUUACUCCCCCACUCCUCUGGGUAAUGAACUAUGCUCUCUGCCUUCAUAUUGUCAAGACCUGGAGUUGUAUUCCUGAAUAUGUGCUUCUGUCUUCUUGAACUGUGGAGCUGAGGGCAACUGUGACGUGAGAUUAAAACAAAGGAAGUGUGCAACUUUUUCAUUAUGAUUACCUUUUGCAAAAAAUAUCUGAGUUAAUCAUGUGUAGUUGCCAAAAAAACACCUGACCCUUAUUGCUGUUGCACAGAUUGUACUAAUUCUGCUGCUGAAAAACUGUUGUACAGUUACUCAAUGAACCAUGGAAAAAUGGUCUGUAAAGGCAGCUAAAUAUACUCACUAAAAGUU